AUAUCCUUUUCGAUACUGUGGAACGCCACUGUGUGUUUCAGCAAAUUAUCGGCUCUAUUGAUGUAUCCGGCACUGAUACCAACAUCGUCUAUGUUGAAGUGGGCCUGUGUUCUCGGCACUUUGAUCAUAACGUGGAAUAUGGCCGACGUUAUUGCUGCUUUGUUGAUAUGCCAGCCACUCGCGAAGAAUUGGGACUUUAGGUUACCAGGAACUUGCGGUGGUCAACCGGCGUUUUGUUUCUCAAUGAGGCUCGUCAACCUCCUCACAGAUGCCGUGAUCAUUGUAUUGCUAAUGCCAUAUCUUUACAACUUGCGACUGACUUGGCGCAAGAAAUUAGCCGCGAUGGCCUUGCUUAGCGUUGGAACAGGAACUUGGGCCAUUACUAUAUAUCGACAAAUACUACUACCUAGUUUAGACUUUGCGGAUAUGACGUACAACGGUGUGCUCGCCACAAUCCUUUCUGGUCUCGAGCCUGCGGUCGCGAUCGCUCUGGCGUGCAUUCCCCUCAUGCGUAUUUUGUUCAGGAAGUCCAGGAGGACUACCCACUCCAGUUAUCAGUACGGCAGUAACAGACAAACUGAUCUUUUCCCAAAGAAAAGAAGUGAAACACAUGGUCUCAACCUCACAGCCACGUUCUCGAAAUUGGUGGACAAGAACGAUGCUUCUUCGCAGGUUGAGCUGCAGUCUAUCAAGCCUUCUCACAUAUUUCGUGUUUCGCCUGUUUACGAACACUAA